CUCUAAAAACAACAACAUUUCACCCUGUCUUUCUUCUAGUCAAAAUGCUUGGGCACGUUUGAGUGACCAUGGAGUACAUUUGCCCAUAUUUAGUUGAACGUUGAGACGGCGACAAUAGUGGAAUAAGGACACUUUUGGGGGAAUCGAGGAGCUACAGUUAAAGACAUGGCUCUACGCGAAGAAGGAGAGGUUUUGCACAAUAAAAUCAGGCACCACGAUGGGGUUGGGAAUUCAAACAGCACAGAUAGCUUCAGGAACGGCUAUGUGAAGAGCUGCGUCACCCCUUUAAAACAAGACCAUCAAAGGGGAUUUUUAUUCAACGUCUGUAGGUUUUGCAAUGAAGACAUUCUGAAUUCCAAAUUGUUUCGAAUUUCUGCCCUUUAUUUGGGCGCAUUCGCAUUUUUGGCAACCUCGUUGCUUAUUUCCAGGAGCUUGCAAAGUGACUUCAGCCUUUGGUAUUUGCGGACUUUCCUGUCUGGUUUUACUCAGUGUAUCAGCCCACUAUUUAGCAUAGGCUGUGCAUUUUUCUUUUUAACAUUCUAUUUAAGGAGGAAAAAGAAAGAAAGUAAUACAUGUUGGCUCGUGUCACUGCCAGCAUCAUGUUACCUAGGGGACUUUUUGGUUUUGCGGUUUUUGCAGUGGGGAGAAGACCAGCACCAGAUACAAAUGGUGGGCAGGUUGUUAUUUGUGCUGGGUUGUGUGGGUCUUCUAACACUGAUACCCACUUUAAAACUCAAACACAGUGUUCUUAUACUGGUUUUUGCCAGUGUUGUGUGGUUGGUGUCAUUCACCAGCCUGAGCUGUUUGACUCCCCUGUUACGACCCUUCUUUGCAUGCUUUGCUGGGGUCUCCGGCUCGCUUUUGGCGCUCUGUUUUGAUAAUUAUUACCCAUCGAAGGACGCACCGAAUAGGAUCCACAGUUCCGAGGAGAAAGUCCCAGUGAUCAGACCCAGGAGACGGUCCAGUUGCGUUUCUUUGGGGGAAACGUCGACAAGUUAUUAUGGCAGUUGUAAAAUGCCUCGCAGACCUUCAUUACCGUGCAUAUCCAGAGAACAGAUGAUCCUGUGGGACUGGGACCUGAAGCAGUGGUACAAGCCCCAGUACCAGGGUGCGGUGAGCGGGAAUGGCGUGGACCUGUCGGUCAUCAACGAGGCCAGGAACCUGGUGUCGGAGCUGCUGAUGGACUCGUCUCUGUCGCCUCCCACCGUUUCGUCCCUGCGCAGCGUCAGCAGCCUGAUGGGCACCUUCUCCGGCUCCUGCCGGCCCCGGGUCAACCCCUUCACCCCCUUCCCCGGGUUCUACCCCUGCACCGAGGUGGACGACCCCGCCGACCGGGCCGACAGGAAGCCCCUCAAGGGGCUGAGCAGUAGAAGCAGCCUGCCUACCCCCCAGCUCCGACGAGGCUCCACCUCCUCCCCCCUCCCCCCCAUGGAGUCAGCCUCCUCCCGCUGGGAGCGCAACAGCGGCAAGAGACCCCACCCCGACCUCAACCUGACCAGUCCAGGGUCUCUGUCCAACGGGCCCAAUGCUAACCUGCUGACCAUUCCCAAGCAGAGGUCUUCCUCUGUCACCCUCACCUACCACCCUGGGUCCAGGAGAGCAGGCACAUCUCCCAGUCUGAGUCCGGUCACCUCCCCUAGCCACAGUCCCCCCGCUGUGGGGGGGGCCGGGGUGUCCUCCCUGGUCACCCGCUCCCCUGUGGAGUUCCCCGACACGGCCGACUUCCUCACCAAGCCCAGUGUCACCUUGCACAAGCCGCUGGGCUACACCCUGAGCUCUCCGGACUUCCAGCAGCCCUACCGAGGCCUGCCCUCCGCCCCCCUCUGCACCAGCUGUGGCCGUCAGAUGCUGAAAGGCCUAUCCAGUGGGGAGGCUGGAGAGGGUCACCCGCCCCAAACCACCGAGGCCCAGCGCAGACGCUCAGGUGAGGCGUCUGGCUGUGUGGGCGACGGCCUCAUCCGGGAGGAGAGCGUGGAGGUCGAGGCGGCCGGGGACAGGAGCUCCGACCCAGGAGCCAGGAAGCAGGCGGAGGGGGAGGAGCAGGAGGAGGAGCAGAGCCCCACAGCAGAGCAGCAGACCCAGGAAACGGAGGGUGACCAGGAGUUUAAGCUUGAGCCCAUUCUAGAUGACCAUGACGCUCUCAUGGAGAAGAUAAACAGCUGGAACUUCCAGAUCUUCGACCUUGUGGAGAGAACAGGAGGGAAGACAGGAAGGAUACUAAGCUAUGUGACGUACACCUUGUUCCAGGACACGUGUCUGUUUGAGAUCUUUAAGAUCCCUGUGCGGGAGUUCAUGUCCUACUUCUGUGCUCUGGAGAACGGCUACAGGGACAUCCCCUACCACAACCGUGUCCACGCCACUGACGUGCUCCACGCUGUUUGGUACCUGACCACCCGUCCAAUCCCAGGCUUCCAGCAGAUCCACAAUGAGCAUGUGACAGGAAGUGACACAGAUUCCGACAGCGGCAUCUCCCCAGGCCGGGUGUCCUACGCGUCCUCCAAGAGCUCGUCCAUCUCGGACGACAGCUACGGCUGCCUGGCCUGGAACAUUCCUGCCCUGGAGCUCAUGGCCCUGUAUGUGGCAGCCGCCAUGCACGACUACGACCACCCGGGCCGCACCAACGCAUUCCUCGUGGCCACGAACGCCCCUCAGGCGGUGCUGUACAACGACCGCUCGGUCCUGGAGAACCACCACGCCGCCUCGGCCUGGAGUCUGUACCUGUCCCAGCCCCAGUUCAACUUCCUGGCCAACUUGGACCACGUGGAGUUCAAACGCUUCCGUUUCCUGGUCAUCGAGGCCAUCCUGGCCACUGACUUGAAGAAGCACUUUGACUUCCUGGCCGAGUUCAACUCGAAGGUGAAUGAUGUGAACAGUCCAGGAAUUGACUGGACCAACGAGAAUGACAGGUUGCUCGUGUGCCAGAUCUGCAUUAAGCUGGCAGACAUCAACGGGCCCGCCAAAGGUCGCGACCUCCACCUCAAGUGGACGGAAGGCAUCGUGAACGAGUUCUACGAACAGGGAGAUGAGGAGGCCAGUUUGGAACUACCCAUCAGCCCCUUCAUGGACCGUUCCUCGCCACAGCUGGCCAAGCUGCAGGAGUCGUUCAUCACCCACAUCGUCGGGCCGCUGUGCAACUCCUACGACGCGGCGGGCCUGUUGCCGGGCUACUGGAUCGACGAGGAGGGCUCGGAGGAGGAAGAGGAGGAGGAAGAGGAGGAAGAUCAGGUGGACGACACCGAGACUGAUGAAGACGAGCUGGAAGAGGAUAUUGAACCAAAAAAGAGGAAGGGCCGCCACAGGCUGUUCUGCAACAUCAUGCAGCACCUGACGGACAACCACAAGGUGUGGAAGAAGACCAUCGAGGAGGAGGAGAAGGGCAAGGAGCUCAGCAAGCAGCAGUCCGACAGCCUGCCCCCGUCGCCCUCAUCCCCGUCUGACGACAUCCAGGUGAUCCAGGAGGAGGAGGAGGGGGAGGAGCGACCGUAGCAGUCCAGCAGGACCAGGGCCAGAGCCAGGAAGACAGGGGGGAGGACACCCCCCCACCCCCAACUCCCCCCCCCCCCCCCCCCCCCCCCCCCCCCCCAUUCUCACACACUCACACACAAAACAACCCUGCUGGUUCUCCACACAUUGAAGUUGUCACUGUGCCGCCACUCAGAUGCUAAAUGCAGUCAUGUUGUUUUAGAGAGAGAUUGAGAGAGAGAGAGAGAGAGAGAGAGAGAGAGAGAGAGAGAGAGAGAGAGAGAGAGAGAGAGAGAGAGAGAGAGACAGAGAGACAGAGAGAGAGAGAGAGAGAGAGAGAGAGAGGCCUUACUACUGUGACUGGAUCUUUGCUGCAACGGUGGGAGUCCCACUCCUAUGCACUUUCACCCUUAUGGAGAGCCCGGGGCCCCCAGACCUGAGGAGCCUGGUGUGGAGGACUAGGAUGGCCGGGCCCAGCAGAGCCCAGCCCUCCGUGGUGACCUGGCUGUAUUGCUGCCUUGGACGCAGAGCGCUUAACUCUCCUUUAGGUACUAAAAGAAAAGCAUACUAUUUAAAAUAGAAAAUAGAAGAAGACUCCAAAACAACACUUUGACAUGAUUGACACCUGUUACCAAAGCAAACAGUUCAAACAUGGAAAGACAAUAGACUGUUUCAGACUCCAUGUCAGGAAUAUUGUAGACCUAUAUAUCAAAUGUGCCUGUCUGAACUUUCUUUCCUGAGUCCCUGGGUCUAGUCCCAGGGUCUGUGCAGUCCUCUCCCCUUGCUGGCGACAUGAAAACACUGUAUCACCGACUCAGUCUCAGAGACAUUGUGGCAAUGCUGACUGAUAAUGAGCAUUAUACCUGCAUCGUUUUUGAUGCCGUUUAGUCAUACCUGCCUUUUGGUUUUACUCUUCUUUUAGUGUGCAUUUGAUUUUCAUUAGGUUUGUGGGUGUGUUUGCGUGUGCGUGCGCUUGUAUGUGAACAUAUACGGGUGUGUGUGAGCCUGUGUGUGUAUCUUCAGGAAUGCUUGGUUGCCAAUCAAUAAAUUGUCCUCUGGUGUUAAGCAUGUUGCAUUCAGAACAGGAGUCCUGUUCCAUUGAAGGGAUUUUCUUUUCCUUUAUGUUCGUUUUGAUUUGUAUCUAUUUUUCACGGUUACUCAGGAUUCACGUGAAGUUGAAUAAUGAUUUUGCGAGAACUCGUUGAUUUUAAACACGCUUUUAAAUCAAAGAAAAUCGAAUCUGGGUGACUGAAAUGGUUUUUAAUCUUUGUACGAACAACUUGAAAACAAACACAUUCAAGCAAUUGAAAUGCUCCGUGGUGAGAAAGGAUAGGUUAUAUUGUCUUUCUGUCACUCAAACACAGCUGCUCACUAGUGCUGUUUGCAUUGUUACCUAUUAAAGACCUCACUGUAGAAUUGGGAUCCUCAACUGUCAGUUAACUGCAAAGAUCUGUUUGCAGCAAAGCAGAAUCUGAACUCUGGCGGUGAAAUCCCAUGGUGAUUCACAUACCAGUAUAUAAGAUGGAGAUGUUUUGGAUGGCAUUGUUCUCAGCAUUGUUUUUAACACAACAUACUCCAGCAUCAUCGAUUUAUUUGUGAUUUUCUUAUUUCACUCAUUCUGCAGAAACGGAUGUUUUGAGGUCGAUACCUUUUUUUGACGAACCCAUAACCAGGCCAGUGUGUAGAGAAGUGAUCCAGGGUUUCCCCAUCACUUUGUUUUUGUUUUUAUAUUUUCUUAUUCUGAACCAUGAGGCAGGUUUAAUACUAAUAGUUCUAUAUUUUUGUCUGUAAUAACUCUAGGCAUUCCACUAGAAAAGCGUUUUGAUGGAGGGGUAGGCAGCCUUGCAAGCCUCAGCUCUCCGUUCACCUUGUCCUGUCAUUCUCUCCAGAGAGAAGAUGUUCUCAAGUAGGCAGUGUAAAUCAAGCUAGUAUAUUUAAAGACAAAAAAAAAAAGAUUUAGAUAUAAAUGUGCACAUUUUACUACCAAACAAGUGUUUAGCCUCUGCACAAAAAGAGUAUCUGCAUAUAAAUAUAUAAAUAUAUUAUAUUUUUUAAUUAAUCAACUGAAUGCAUCUGUUUUCUACACGCAGCUGACACAUAUUGUACAUUGAGACCCUGUAAUUACCAUCUUGUUUCCAGAGUUUUUAUCUAAUACUAUUUACAGUACAGAUGUGGAACUGUGGGUUUGGUGUUUUGUUUCUUUUUUCUUUUGGAUUCAGCGUCUCCCUGCUCCUUGUCAUAACCACUCUCUCAGUCUUGGUUUGAUCUAGUAACUCUGUGUUGUUUCUCAGUCAACCCAACCAGUGCCAAACUGUCCCUGCCCUGUCUCCAGGCACCCAGAUAGCGACCCCCACCACCACCACCCCUUGCCCAGGGGUUAAGUGUGGUAAAGAACGCUCAGAGCUUAACAUCCACCAUGUUCAAUGUGACAGUGGAGAAACCAGGUGUGGAAGGCUCACUUGAACUCCUCAGCGCUCCCUCCUACUGUCUGAGUGGGGUCUGGAGUCUUCUGUGUUUCGCUAAUGGACGGAUGCAGGAUUGCCCCCCCCCCCCCCCCCACCACCACCAACACCACCACCUCCCAUUUUAUGGCUCAUUAUGUUUGUAAACGUUGAUUGUUUGUUGGCUUCUCACUGUGCAGUCUCUCACACACAACAGUGUCCUCCAAUGUUCUUCUCAUAAAUCCAUCUAGGAAUGGCUGUUAUCCUUAUGUAGCAUUUAGAUAUACGUAUGUCUGAUGUAACCGUUCAACCUUAUCAACACUGUGGGGAAAACAGAUUUUUGUUGUUAUUUAUAGCUGUCAUAAAACACCAUCCCUAAAAUAGUC